UGGCAAACUUUGCAUCGAGGGAGCGCUCAGGUUGCUUGCAUUUUCCCCUUCCUCUCUGGAGCCACAGUGCUGUUGCAAUCGAGAGAGGGAGAUACACAGACGGACAGAAAGGGUGUGCGAUUUCCACUGCAUCCGUUUCUUCACUGCCAGGAAAGAAUACGCUGCGGUGCCAGUUCCAGCAAACAAGCGGCGAGCAGAAACACCUCAUUAUCCAGCGCGACGGACCUUCAUACAUCCAGGGAGAGGACAAGGGGAACCAGUGAAAAGAGUGAAGCUUUAAAAUGGAUCAUUAUGAUGGAGAUGGCAGCGUUGACUACAUGCAGCAAGAAGAUGAUUGGGAUAGGGAUCUGCUUUUGGACCCUGCUUGGGAGAAACAACAGCGGAAGACUUUUACUGCUUGGUGCAACUCCCACUUGCGGAAGGCUGGAACGCAGAUUGAGAACAUAGAGGAGGAUUUCAGGGAUGGGCUCAAACUCAUGCUACUGUUGGAGGUCAUUUCAGGUGAACGACUGGCCAAGCCUGAACGAGGAAAAAUGCGGGUCCACAAGAUCUCUAAUGUGAACAAGGCUCUGGACUUCAUUGCCAGCAAGGGAGUCAAGUUGGUGUGCAUUGGAGCAGAAGAGAUUGUCGAUGGAAAUGCAAAGAUGACCCUGGGAAUGAUCUGGACCAUUAUUCUGCGUUUUGCUAUCCAGGACAUUUCAGUGGAGGAGACGUCAGCCAAAGAAGGCUUACUGUUGUGGUGCCAAAGGAAGACUGCACCAUACAAGAACGUCAACAUUCAGAACUUCCAUAUCAGCUGGAAAGAUGGUCUGGGAUUCUGUGCCCUCAUUCACAGACAUCGGCCAGAACUUAUUGACUAUGGCAAACUACGAAAGGAUGACCCCAUGACUAAUCUGAACACUGCAUUUGAUGUGGCUGAAAAGUACCUUGACAUUCCAAAGAUGCUGGAUGCUGAAGACAUCGUUGGUACUGCGCGACCAGAUGAGAAGGCCAUCAUGACCUACGUCUCUAGCUUCUACCACGCCUUCUCUGGCGCCCAGAAGGCAGAGACAGCCGCCAACCGUAUAUGCAAGGUGCUUGCUGUCAACCAGGAGAAUGAGCAACUAAUGGAGGACUAUGAGAAGCUGGCCAGUGAUCUGCUGGAAUGGAUUCGUCGCACCAUCCCUUGGCUGGAAAAUCGCACACCAGAAAACACCAUGCAGGCAAUGCAACAGAAGCUGGAGGAUUUCCGAGACUACCGUCGACUCCACAAGCCCCCUAAGGUGCAGGAGAAAUGCCAGUUAGAGAUCAACUUCAAUACUCUUCAGACAAAGCUAAGGCUAAGUAACCGGCCAGCUUUCAUGCCAUCCGAAGGAAAAAUGGUGUCGGACAUCAACAAUGCUUGGGGUGGUUUGGAGCAGGCAGAGAAAGGUUAUGAGGAAUGGUUAUUGAAUGAAAUCCGUCGUCUUGAAAGACUUGACCACUUGGCUGAAAAAUUUCGCCAGAAAGCAGCCAUUCAUGAGUCAUGGACAGAAGGCAAAGAACAGAUGUUGCAGCAGAAGGAUUAUGAAACUGCUUCUCUCUCAGAAAUCAAAGCCCUAUUAAAGAAGCAUGAGGCCUUUGAAAGUGACCUGGCAGCCCACCAGGACAGAGUGGAACAGAUAGCUGCCAUUGCACAAGAACUCAACGAGCUAGAUUAUUUUGAUUCUCCAAGUGUCAACAGUCGCUGCCAACGAAUCUGUGACCAGUGGGAUGCCCUUGGAGCUUUGACACAGAAACGAAGCGAGGCCUUAGAGAGGACAGAAAAACUGCUGGAGACUAUUGAUCAGCUCUAUCUUGAAUAUGCCAAGAGGGCAGCGCCCUUCAACAACUGGAUGGAGGGUGCCAUGGAGGACUUGCAGGACACCUUCAUUGUUCACACCAUUGAAGAGAUCCAAGGUUUAAGCACAGCUCAUGAACAGUUCAAAGCCACAUUGCCAGAGGCUGAUAAAGAGAGACAAGCCAUACUGGGCAUCCACAAUGAAGUUUCUAAGAUAGUCCAGACAUAUCAUGUCAAUAUGGCUGGAACAAAUCCCUACACAACCAUCAGCCCUCAGGAAAUCAAUGGCAAGUGGGAUAAGGUGAGACAGCUUGUUCCCCAGAGAGAUCAGGCACUAAUAGAAGAGCAUGCCAGGCAACAAAACAAUGAACGACUCCGGAAACAGUUUGCUAGCCUAGCAAAUGUUGUUGGGCCCUGGAUCCAAACCAAGAUGGAAGAAAUUGGACGCAUUUCUAUUGAAAUGCACGGCACCCUGGAAGACCAGCUUAACCAUCUUCGCCAAUACGAGAAGAGCAUUGUUAAUUACAAGCCAAAGAUUGACCAGCUUGAAGGAGAUCACCAGCUUAUCCAAGAGGCACUUAUUUUUGACAACAAGCACACCAACUACACUAUGGAGCACAUUCGAGUAGGCUGGGAGCAGCUGCUCACCACAAUUGCAAGGACCAUCAAUGAAAUUGAAAACCAAAUCCUGACACGUGAUGCCAAAGGCAUCAGCCAGGACCAGAUGAAUGAAUUCCGAGCUUCCUUUAACCACUUUGACAGGGAUCACUCUGGAAAGCUGGGUCCUGAAGAGUUCAAAGCCUGUCUCAUCAGCCUGGGUUUCGAUAUUGCCAACGAUGCACAGAAAAGAACAGGUAUCAUGGAUGCCGAGGAUUUCCGUGCCUGCCUCAUCUCCAUGGGUUAUAAUCUGGGAGAAGCCGAAUUUGCUCGCAUCAUGAGCAUUGUGGAUCCUAACCGGUUGGGCAUGGUCACCUUCCAGGGCUUCAUUGACUUCAUGUCACGAGAAACUGCGGACACAGAUACAGCUGAUCAAGUCAUGGCUUCCUUCAAAGUGUUAGCAGGAGACAAGAACUACAUCUUGGCUGAAGAACUAAGGCGUGAGCUGCCACCUGACCAGGCUGAAUACUGCAUUGCCCGCAUGGCACCUUAUUCUGGGCCCGACACUGUGCCUGGGGCCCUUGACUAUAUGUCUUUUUCUACUGCGCUAUAUGGUGAAAGUGACCUUUAAACUUAUGGGGUGGCAGAUAGAUAAAAUAAGAAAACAUGCAAGCCGGCACAUAAAUUUGUAUGCAGCCAGCUUUGCCUUCCCAGCCUCACUCUGCUGUGCCCUCCGCUCUGCAUUGUCAGUUUCAUUGCUACGGGUUAUCCACGCCGGAGUCCCAGCCAGCCUAUUCUCUGUCUACAGAGGGAAUGUUCUUUGUUGUUUGUUUUUUUUUGGUUUUCUUCAUAAAAAAUAAAAAAGUAACAUAUUUUAUUAUA